UGAAAGGGAAGUUGUCCCCGAGAUCGAAUGACGGCGCUUUGGCUAAAAAAAAAAACCAACUUCAUUUCAGGAUUUUUAUGUAUAUAUGCAUAUUUUACACAUAAGGGAUGAAUUCACGAGGUAAAGAAGUGAACGAGGACUGGGUCCGAAAGUUGGAAACAGCAACUAGUGAAAAAUUAAGAAAAUUCAACUGUUUGCGCGGCCGGGAGGUGGCGGGCGGCGAGUUCUGGGACGUGGUGGUGGUGACCGCCGCGGACGACUGGCAGAAAGACGCCUACGAGCUUCAGAUCCAGGCAAAAAUGGAGAGGAAAGAACUCCCGCUUGGAAUCCCCUACAAAGUCUUCUCGGAUCCACUUGGUUGUAAAAUAGGCAACGGCGGCUCCACCCUUCACGCUCUGCAGCAGCUCAGUGACAUCUACGGCACGACUCUUGCCAAGUUGAGAGUCAUCCUGAUUCACGCAGGUGGCUGGAGCCAGCGGCUGCCCAGUGCCAGCGCACUGGGCAAGAUCUUCGCCGCCGUGCCGCUGGGCCGACCCCUCUACCAGAUGCUGGAGCUCAAACUGGCCAUUUACGUGGAUUUCCCCGCCCACAUGAAGCCCGGCGUGCUGGUGACCUGCGCGGACGACAUCGAGCUGUACAGCGUUGCCGGGGACCAGCGCGUCGCCUUCGACAAGCCGGGCUUCACGGCCCUGGCCCACCCGUCGCCGCUGUCCGUCGGCGCCGCCCACGGCGUCUUUGUCCUGGAGCCGCGGGAGGAGAGCGCGAGCUCGGAAAUGGAGACCGGGACCUGCUUGCGGUUUCUCCACAAACCUAGCGUGGACGCAAUGCGGGACACGGGUGCCGUUUGUCGAAGGACGAGCGCUUCUUUUCCUCUAUCUGAUGCCGAGUUUGUCUACACGGACAGUACCUACUACGUAGACUUUGCCACGUCGCAGCGUCUCCUCGGCGUGCUCGGAGAGGUCGGACCGUUGGAGUGCGAGAUCGACGCCUACGGCGAUUUCCUCCAAGCGUUGGGCCCGCGGGCCUCCAUAGAAUACGCCGGCAACACUGCCAACGUCGGCAGACGGGACGAGGGCCUGGUGGAAAUCCGUCGGAAGAUUUUCCGCCUUCUCAGAGGAACGCCGCUGAACGUGAUCCUCCUCAAUAACUCCAAGUUUUAUCACAUCGGGACCACGACGGAGUACAUCUUCCACCUCGCGGAGGACGGCGCCCUGAGGCGCGAGUUGGGUCUCGUGCCGUCGGCGUUCAGCGUCGACCCAAACGGAAAGGAGGACGCGGCAUCCUGCGUGAUGCACAGCGUCCUGGAGGCGACCUGCUCCGUGGGAGCCGGAUCCGUGGUGGAAUACUCCAGACUGGGACAGGGGGUGUCCGUAGGCAGGGGGUCAGUGGUCAGCGGCUGCCGGGUCGGUCCCGACACCUCGGUGCCCGACGGGGUCUUCGUGCACUCGCUGUGCGUGACCCGACGGGAGAGAACCGGCUUCGUAACGGUCGUCUUUGGAAUUAACGACGACUUGAAACGCCGCGUGAAAGCUUCCGCGUCUAUGGAAGCGUUGACUCUUUUCGGGGCGACUCUGGACACUUGCGUGUCCCUUUGGGGACUGGACUGCAGUCACCUGAGGUUUUCCGGUGACGCGUCCGGCUGCAGUUUGUGGACCGCGCGUUUGUUUCCGUUUUGCGAGGACCGACGGGAGUCGUUCUCCUUGUCGCUAAACAUGCUCCGGGCCGUCCUGGGCCGGUACGUCUUCGGUUUACCCAAAGACACCGAGCUGAUAUCCAUGCACGAAGCCCUGCGGUGUAAGAAUCUGCAGGAGAUGCUGGACUUCCGGAAGGAUCUCUAUCACGACAUCGCACGGGGAUCACGGACCAGUUAAGAAGGACUGGACUAACUGGACACGCUUUCAGGGAAGACCGUCUGACCUCCAAAUUAAAGUGCAUGCAUUAUCGUCAUCCAGCUGGGGUGGGAUUAUGCUGUUAGUGUAAGCGGUGCACAUCAUCGCGGAUGCGAUUUGAACUACAAAAGCCACUAAAAAUGGAUCGCCUAACAAAUGAAAUCAGAAUGGUCGGUAAAAUCAUCCCUUGUAACGAUUGACAGACGAUAUAAAUACGAGACCUCUGCAAAAAUUUCAGUUUUUCUUAUUUAGCUAUUUUUUGGUAAAUCUUUGAGUAUUUUUUUUAAAAAUAUUGUACAAACUAAAGACAACUCCCAAUUUGUCAAU